CAAGAGAGAGGAGAGACGCCGCCGGAGGAAUGUGCGGAAUUGCGGUUAUAGUGUGCGGCGUUCGUAUCGAACUCUCGACGUUGCCGUUUCUCUCGGCGCCUCCUUUCGAACGAUUACAAUUCUCUGUUGAAGAUGUCAAAUCUGUCUUAGGACAAAGAGGUCCUGAUAGUGUAGGCGAGAAGAAGAUUCUUCUUCAACCGAAUGCACCAACUUGUGGUCAAGAAUCUGUGACUCUCUCUGUUUAUGAGGCUGGCCAAGGAACUUAUGAGCUUGGUGAUACUACUUCUUGCGGUGAAUUGCAUUUUAUAGGUUCCACAUUACAGCUUAGAGGAACUAGUCCUAUAAGACAGCCAUUGGUGGACUCUUGUGGAAACAUUCUUGCUUACAAUGGCGAAGUAUUUGGCGGAAUUGACCUCAACAGCUAUGAUAAUGAUACUGAAGUUCUCUUGAAGUCUUUAGAGAAAGCAAACGCUUUGGUACCAGAUGUUCUUUCGAAGAUUAAGGGUCCGUGGGGCAUUAUAUAUUGGCAGGAAAGCUCAAGAACGCUAUGGUUUGGUAAAGAUGCUUUUGGUCGGAGGAGCCUCCUUGUUCACUGGCCAACCGUGGAAGACCCUCGUUUUCUUCUGUCGUCUGUUUCACCAGCUUCUUCCGUGGCUCAUGGCUCUGGAGUAGAUGCUGGAAAUGGUAAUAGCAGUCAUCGAUUUUGGGAAGAGCUUCCAUGUGGAGUGUACAGCAUUUCUUUUGGCAUUUCGGACUUCGGUUUAUGUAUCCAUGGUGAAGUCACGAAACACGAAUGGAAAAAUACCUUGUGGAAGGAAUUGAUUGAAUGGGAAAGGAAUUUUGUUGUACCAAGACCUGAAGAUCUAUCAAUGUCGUCGCUUAGCGGAAUUCAAGAAGAGAAAGACAAUGCUCUUUCGAUUUCUUCAGGAUUGGCGCAGACAGUUUUGGUUGUUUUAAAGGAAUCAGUGAGACGACGAACUUCACUACAUAGCAUUUUUCAGGGAGAAAAAGAAGUUGUCCCAGUAGCUGUUCUUUUCUCUGGUGGAUUAGACUCAAUGAUUCUUGCUGCGCUGUUGGAUCAGUGCCUUGAUCCAAAAUAUGAAGUUGAUCUUCUUAAUGUCAGCUUUGAUGGUCCUAAUGCUCCUGAUAGGAUCUCCGCCAAGGCUGGAAUAAAGGAACUUAAAAAGAUUGCACCUUUGAGAAGGUGGAGACUUGUCGAGAUUGAUGCUGAUUUGUCGAAACUAACCUGUGAGACAAAGCGUGUUAUGUCACUUAUAAACCCUGCAGACACAUACAUGGACCUUAACAUAGGAACAGCACUAUGGCUUGCUGCUCGUGGUGAUGGUUGGAUUCACGGAGAAAGCGAAAAUCAAACAGUAGAAGAAGAUAACAUGCGCGUCAAAUAUAAAUCUUGUGCUAGAAUCCUUCUUAUUGGCGCUGGUGCUGAUGAGCAAUGUGCUGGUUAUGGUAGACACAGAACAAAGUAUCGAAAUGGGAGCUGGGCUGCCUUGGAUCAAGAAAUGAAAUUGGAUAUGCAGAGAAUUUGGAAAAGAAAUUUGGGUCGAGAUGAUCGAUGCAUUGCAGAUAAUGGGAAAGAGGCGCGAUUCCCAUUCUUGGAUGAAGAUGUGAUAAAGACUCUCCUUGACAUUCCCUUGUGGGAAAUAGCUGAUCUUGAGCAACCAAGUGGAAAUGGAGACAAGAAGAUUCUUAGACAGGUUGCAAAGUUGCUUGGUUUACAUGAAGUUGCAAAGAUGCCUAAGAGAGCAAUACAGUUUGGGUCGAGAAUUGCUCGUGAAUCAAACCGGAAGAAUUUUGGAAGUAACCGUGCCGCAAACCAGGCCUCUGCCGGGAGCGUGAGGUUCCACGCGCCGUGAGGCUGAAGCGCUCAUAUUUAUCGUUAGACAACUAUUGUUUGAUCAUUUUUCUUGUUCAUUUGUGUUGUAUUGUAUACAAAGCACCAAUAAGAGGAUCAUACCAAAAAAAAAAAGCACCAAUAAGAGGACUUUGGUGACUAAAUGCCUUGUUAAUUCUUUUAUA